CAAACAAAAAGGGAAACGGAAAAAAUAAAUAGGAAAGGGGAACGACGCACGCACGCAAGCGACGCACGGGCACGGCUCGCCCCCGCCGACGACGCCGACGCCGCCGCCGCCGCCGCUCGCCCCCGCCGACGCCGACGCCGCUGGUGAACUUGCUUGUUGGACUAAAUGAGGCGAUCAGCGCAGUGGCUGGGAAGGUAGCAUUGUUGCACGCCAUAACAGUCAUGGAGGGAAUGGAGGUGCUUGAUCUGGUGUCGUCAGAGUCCGAGUCUGAAUCCAAGGAUGAGGCGUGCCUACACUCGCCUGAUCGGAAGCGCGCUGCCUGUGAGGCGGAUCCCGACCAUGAUCGGGGGAGUGUCUGCACAAGAACUGGGCACUGUGAGUCGGAGAGCUUCCUCGAGCGGGAAAGGAUGGCGGUGUUGAUGCGUCCACCACUGAACCAGGAAGUAAACAAGGGCAAGGAAAAAGUUGGUGAGGAGAAGAUACUCGAGAGAGCGUCAGUGCCGGAUGGUCCUUUGCUUGGCAGAGAAUCAUUCCACUCCCAUGGAUGUACAUUGGGAGCGGGAGGUGUCGUCAGCAAGUGUGGAAACGGAGGAAAUGAAGGAGCUGCAUGUUGGUGUGUCCAGCUUGGCGGAUCACACCCUGUCCCUCAGGAAGGAUCAGACAGCAAGGGGUUCCAUGAGAGACAUGGACAGCAUGGGCUGCUUCACAGUGCUGCUUCUGCUAUGCCAUAUGGCAACUGGAAGGGAAUUCUUGGUGCAAGGCCUACUGAUGCUGCUGUGGACACACUGUUGCAUUCGCGGGACAAUGGCAAGACAGAGGAUGAGGUUCCAAUGCAGGGACAGAGCUCUAUAGCUACUAAUAAAGUUACUGGAGCUGAUGAUGUUUUCUUGGAAGAUGGUAGCUCCACAUGGUUAUCUAGGAUCAAGGGGCUCAACUACCCACUUCCUGAUGAGAACCAGUUAAAAACCAGGCAAAUUGAAUCGGAUGAGGAGUUUGCACGCAUGCUUCAGGAGCAAUUCAACAAGGAACAGUCAGGCUUGCAAAAUUUAGAAGAGGUUGAUACAACACUAGCCUGGACAUUGCAGGAGGAAGAUGUGGAACGCGCCAGAAAUGCUGCCAGAGAAGGCCAAUCUAGCUCUAACCAAAGGGACCGUUCAAUGGCACACUUGUAUUCAUAUGGCCGGCACUCACCAGUUCAAAGUCUUUCUGCAUAUGUGAAUGAUCAUGUGCUGACUUCAAUGCCAAACAGAAGGGGUUUCCAAAGGAGCUCGAACCGCGCUGAAACAGAGCAACAGAAUAUGCUUAUCUCCCAGUUGACCAGAGGAUGCUUCAGAGAGGACAACAUGGAUCUAGAAACGCGCAUGGCCAUACUGGACUCACUCCAAGAAGCAUUUGGAAACUUUGGGGAAGAAUUUGUUUCAGAAUCUGAUGAUGAUGAUUAUGAGAACCUAAUAAGUCUUGAUGACAACAACCAUCACAGGGGCGCUUCUGACAAUGAAAUAAACAACCUGCCACUAUCCGUAGUUGAGGGAGAAAGUUGUUCUGAUGAACCCUGCCCUAUAUGUCUGGAUUGCCCUGCCGCUGGUGCUUCCCUCCGGCAUUUACCGUGCCUGCAUAAAUUUCAUAAAGAUUGCAUUGACAAGUGGCUUCGGAUGAGGAUUUCAUGCCCAAUAUGCAAAUCUGAUGUGAUCUAACAUGACUCCAUACCACUGGAAUAUAUAUUUUUUGGAAUAGCAUGACAGACCGUUUAAGUAGACUCUUUUUGACCAAUAGAAAGCGCCGUUACCUGUUACUGCCGAUGCAGCAGUGUGUACAAAACGCAUGGUAAGUUGGUAACGCGCUGCUUUCUGCUUCUUCUCCCUGGAUGUCUCUGAAUCUGAACAUGGGAUACGUAUUUCAAACUGUGGACUAUUUUUUGCUGCGAGAAAAGAGCAAAAAAACAUUACAUAUUACAGAUCUUGUGUCCGUUGAUUAUUAUCCUUUCUUCAGGGCAGAUUCCAAACUUCCAAUAGCCCGGUUA